AUCGCCAUCAUCUUGGAAGACAUUGGACGACACUUGUAAGCCACUUUUUGGAAGCACCGCUCGUUUGACUUUACUUUUGCACAUAUCUCAAUAAUAAUCUGAUAAGAAUCUUGUCGUAUAAUGGCGGAAUCGUGGAAAUGGACGUCUGACUCGAAGCUCUGCUUUGUUACUACGGGAGCCACAGCACCAUUUACCGCCCUUAUCGAAUCAGUCCUAAGACCCUCUUGUCUGAGUGCCCUGCAAGAAGGAGGCUUCACACAUCUCCUAAUCCAAUAUGGAUCCGCCAAGGACGUUUACGAUAAGCGUGUGAGCACUGCUCGCUCAUAUGUCAACAAUGACGAGAAUAAGCGGCAUCUGAUCAUAGAUGGUAUCGACUUCAACCCAGACGGUCUACAAGCACAGUUGCAACUUGUCCAAAGGUCGAAAGGAGUGGUGAUAUCACAUGCGGGAUCUGGUUCUAUCCUCGAGGCUCUCCGCUACCAAAUACCACUCAUAGUAGUUCCCAACACUGCACUACUCGACAACCACCAAGAAGAGCUUGCUGUAGCAAUGGAACGAAACAACUAUCUGAUCCGUGGUGAUGUUACUGAUCUUGCGCCAGCAAUCAAGAAAUCGGACGAGUUCCGAAUCAGAAUGUCACAGUUCCCGCCCAUCACAAGUGGAAAGCAUCGUGAGACCAAAAGCUUUGAGGCCAUCAUGGACGAAACAACCGGCUUCAUGGACUGA